GGCGCCGCGCGGCGGGAAGCUCCGCUCUCCCGGACACCUGCUUCCCCUCCCGCCUCCCUCGAGACCUCGGUGGCCCUUCUCUCGACUACUUCUGCGUCUCGCGUAAACAUUCCUCCAACUCUCUUACUCUGCGGUGUCCUCCCCCGAGGUGGGAUGACCGCUUAGUGUCGCCACCGGACAGACACGGCCGGACGCCCCCGCCCGGGCUAUGAGAACCCCGGUGCCCGCCGCGGUCCGCUUACCUGGCUCAUCGCCUCCGGAUUUCCUAAUAUUUUGUGUUCAGCUAUUAACUUGACUUCACCUGAACACCUGUAACAGCUUAUAUUCCUUCAGUAAAUUAAUGACCAGUGCAAACCGGGAACCGUUAUUAGGAUACUUUUCUUAAAAUGGAAACAUUCUUAGGCUCGCGGGAAUUUGGUGGCAUCAGAGUUUCCAGAUCCAGCAUUUCAUGUUGAGUCUUGGAGCAAAAUAUCUCUACUUCUAAUGUAAAUGCAAGUGGCAAAAAGAAAGUAACAUAAGCACAUGGAAGAAGCUGGGUGUAUUUGUAUUAAAAUGUAAAUGACUUUGUAUCUUUGCUAACGUCAGUGAUGUGAAGAGACCUGACAUGGAUGAUAUUGCUGAUAGGAUGAGGAUGGAUGCUGGAGAAGUAACUUUAGUGAACCACAACUCCAUAUUCAAAACCCAUCUCCUGGCACAGACAAGUUUUCCAGAGGACCACCUUUCAUUUUCUGACCAUCAGAUUUUACCUUCCAGGGAAGGAAAUUUGGACCGAUCUUAUACAUGUUCAACAAGAAGUGCAGCUUGUAACCCAAAUUAUUAUUCAGGAUUCUUUGUCAGCAAGAUGAGAUCUCCUCCCCUAAAAAGACACAACCCUUCCUCAGACAGUUUUCUUGGCUCAGGAGAUUUAAGAACCUUUGGCCAGAGUGCAAAUGGCCAGUGGAGAAAUUCCACUCCAGCAUCAGGUUCAGCUUUACAAAAAUCAAGGAACAGCCGAAGUCUUUACCUCGAAACCCGAAAGACCUCAAGUGGAUUAUCAAACACUUUUACGGGAAAGUCAAACCAUCACUGCCAUGUGUCUGCAUAUGAAAAAUCGUUUCCUAUUAAGCCUGUUCCAAGUCCGUCUUGGAGUGGUUCAUGUCGUCGAAACCUUUUGAGCCCCAAGAAAACUCAGAGACGACAUGUUAGUACAGCAGAAGAGACAGUCCAAGAAGAAGAAAGAGAGAUUUACAGACAGCUGCUACAGAUGGUCACAGGGAAACAGUUUUCUGUAGCCAAACCUACCACACAUUUUCCUUUACAUCUGUCUCGAUGUCUUAGUUCCAGUAAGAAUACUUUGAAAGACCCACUGUUUAAAAAUGGAAACUCCUGUGCAGCUCAGAUCAUUGGCUCUGAUACUUCAUCAUCUGGAUCUGCCAGCAUUUUAACUACCCAGGAGCAACUGUCCCACAAUGUAUAUUCCUUAUCAUCUUAUGCCCCAGAUAUUGCAUUUGGAUCCAAAGAUUCUGAGCCUCUCCAUCAACCCCAACAUCAUCACUCUCUUCUAUAUCAGCCAGAUAACUUACCAGCUUCAAAUACACAAUCAGAAGGAUCGGACUCUGUGAUUUUACUCAAAGUGAAAGAUUCCCAGGCUCCAAAUCCCAGUCCUACUUUUUUCCAGGCAGAGCUGUGGAUCAAAGAAUUAACUAGUGUUUAUGAUUCUCGAGCACGGGAGAGAUUGCGCCAGAUUGAAGAGCAGAAAGCACUGGCAUUGCAGCUUCAAAAUCAGAGAUUGCAGGAACAGGAACAUUCAGUACAUGAUUCAGUAGAACUACAUCUUCGUGUACCUCUUGAAAAGGAGAUCCCUGUCACAAUCACCCAAGAAACAGAAAAGAAAGGUCAUAAGUUAACUGAUAGUGAAGAUGAAUUUCCUGAAAUCACAGAGGAAAUGGAGAAAGAAAUAAAGAAUGUAUUUCGUAAUGGGAAUCAGGAUGAAGUUCUGAGUGAAGCAUUCCGCUUGACCAUUACACGCAAAGAUAUUCAAACUCUAAACCAUCUGAACUGGCUCAAUGAUGAGAUCAUCAAUUUCUACAUGAAUAUGUUGAUGGAGCGAAGUAAAGAGAAGGGAUUGCCAAGUGUGCAUGCAUUUAAUACCUUUUUCUUCACUAAGUUAAAAACGGCCGGUUAUCAGGCAGUGAAACGUUGGACAAAGAAAGUGGAUGUAUUUUCUGUUGACAUUCUUUUGGUGCCCAUUCACCUGGGAGUGCACUGGUGUCUUGCUGUUGUGGACUUCCGAAAGAAGAAUAUUACCUAUUAUGACUCUAUGGGUGGGAUAAACAAUGAAGCUUGCAGGAUCCUCCUGCAAUACCUGAAGCAAGAAAGCAUUGACAAGAAAAGGAAAGAGUUUGACACCAAUGGCUGGCAGCUCUUCAGCAAGAAAAGCCAGGAAAUUCCACAGCAGAUGAAUGGAAGUGACUGUGGCAUGUUUGCUUGCAAAUAUGCUGACUGCAUUACCAAAGACAGACCGAUCAACUUCACACAGCAACACAUGCCAUACUUCCGGAAGCGGAUGGUCUGGGAGAUUCUCCACCGAAAGCUUUUGUGAAGAUGUCUCAGUUACCCAACAUUGACCUUGUGGGGGACCAGCUCUUUGUUGUCUACAGCCAGAGACCUUGGAAACAGCUGCUCCCACCCCUCUGUUCUUGUAAAGCCCUUGAUCCUGGACCAGGCCCUGGCGAGAUGCAUUCACAAGCACAUCUGCCUUUCCUUUUGUAUCUCAGAUACUAUUUUUGCAAAGAAACUUUGGUGCUGUGAAAGGGGUGAGGGACAUCCCUAAGCUGAAGAGAAAGACUGCUUUUCACUUCUUCAGUUCUGCCAUCUUGUUUUCAAAGGGCUCCAGCCUCGCUCAGUCCCUAAUUUGGGGGCCGAGAGAAGCUUGGACAGAUUCCUGGUUUCAUAUAAACUCUUGUUGUUAGGCCUUACUAAGAGGUAGGAAAGGGCAUGGGCAAAAAAGUAGGGAUGAAAACCACCAGCAUAUACACGCACACAUACAUACACGGAGGAUUUUCAAGAUGUGUUGUCAGGAAAGUGACUGUAAACUUGGACUUUGGGCCACAUGCAUAAGUCCCUCUAGGACUUCCCUAUUUAUAUGCCUCUUUGUGAAAUCCAUCUGCUUCUGUACAAGGCUGUUUUAUCAUCUGUAGCUUCCUCCUAUCCUGAGGCACAACACAUGCGCCCUAGGUGGACCCCAAAGUCCCAGGCAGUCCUUUCCUUAAAGCAGGGGUUUGCAUGUGCUCACAACACAUGAUAUGGAGAAGAACCACCCAGGGAGCGGUUUAGUGGAGCAACAAAGGCACCACUUUUACUGCCGCCUACUUCUGACCAAGAAGAAGGACCUCAGUCUUUAGCAUAAAAUUCCAGCAUUGGAUGAAUGCAGGUCUAGUUUGGUCUGUGGCUAGUUUAAAUAUGUUUCUAACCACAGAGAAUUUUAUAUAUGUAUAUAUACACACACACACACACACACAUAUGUAUAUGUGUGUGUGUAUAUAUAUAUAUAUAUCUCAAUCACAGGGAUAUGUGUUUUUUUAAAAGGCUGAAUGUGUUUACCACUUUAGCCUUAGAUUUAUAUCCAUUUUCCAAAUUUAGCUCUAGCACGCACAGAUCCCAGCCCCUAUGUGUAGGGUGUUUGUGGACUUCCUAACAAUAUUUUGAGGCCUGGAUGAACUUUGGCUUAGGGGUAGAGGUUACAGAGGGAGGCAAGAUUUUCAACUGGAAAACGGGUGGAAUUUGGACUGAUCAACUUGAGACUAAAAAACUGCUAUUCCUUUUGUUCUUUCUAGCAUCUCCCCCACCCUCUGAGCGCUCCUCAGGCUAGAUAGUGAAACGAUCCAAUGCCAGUGUCAUUUUGUACUUAAGUUCCAAAAUAGGAACGUUUUAUACUUUUUUCUGUAUUGUAAUAGGUAGUUUUGUAUGAAAUAUUUUCUCUUCUUCCCUUGUACCCCAUCCUUUCCAACAUUGUGCUUUCUCUCUGGGCUUAUUUGAAAAUUUUACUCUGUUUUAUACCAAGCUUGUUUAGUACAUUUUUCUAUGUUUUACCACAGGUUACAAUUUGAAAAGAAAACUAUUUUUUUUAAAUAUUCCAUUGUUAACUGAAUGUUACUGUUUCCACUCCAGCAACCAGAUGUCCUACCUUUUUCAUAACUGCCUGCCUUUUUUGGGGAAGACCACCUUUCUUUCAUUCGUUUGUUCAUUUCCUUCCUUCCUUCCUUCCUUCCUUCCUUCCUUCCUUCCUUCCUUCCUUCCUUCCUUCCUUCCUUCCUUCCUUCCUCCGUUCCUCCCUUCCCCCCCUUCCUUCCUCCCCUCCUCCCUUCCUUUCUUGUGUUUUUCUAUAGGAAAUAAAUAGCUUUCUAUUUAUGAGUUGCUGAGACCUUUUCACAUUCUCUUUUAGAAAACUACAGUGUGCAGGCUCAUUGUAGAACUCCUGCACACAGAUUCUUGGUACUUAAUGUAUUUCAGUGACAAUUUGAAAGGUGGCAGUAUGGCAUAGAUUUGGACUAGGAAUCAAAAGACCUGAGUUUUUCAGAUGCUCUUGCUAUUGUCUGGGGGACUCAGAACAAGAUAGUUGUCUGUAUUUAUUGUUUGUCCAUUUAGAUAACAACAUCUGUCUUACCUUCCUCACAGACUUUUUGUAUAGACCAAAGCAACAAAUAUUUAUUGCCAUGUAUAACAGAAAAUGAAACAUGCAACAAAAGCACUUUGAAAAAUAUAUAAGGAAUUGUUGAGCCUGUCUGAACGUGGACCCCCUUUCUGACCAAUGCAUUUUUGUACAAGGUGAAGUUAGGAUCCUGAGACCACUCUACAUGGGUGGACCAAGCUGAGACAAAGGUUGUGGCCCAGGGUGGCUCAGUGGGAACCAAAUAUAGACUUCUCUAGUGGGCCAUUUUUCCAGAGGACUAGCCAACAAAAUCAGGACUAGCAUCUGGAAACUUAGUUUCUCCUUCAUUUAAGGGUGGGCUUUGAUGACUGGGGAGGGGAUAAGGAGGUUCCUGCAUUCCAGUGCCAAGGGCAUGCUAUGAAUAUUUUAGUUUAACUGCUUUAAACUAAAGCCUAUUGCUUUCCUUUUCUCCUGUCUUUCCUCCUUCCCUGUGUUCAGUGCUCAUAAUCACCUACCUCCCUUUAAAAAGGAACACUUGAGGGAUAAUUAACUCUAUCUAGAUACAGAGCCUUCAACAGGAACCACAGCCCCACCAAUCACUCCUGGACCCUGUAGAGAAAAUCAGAACAUUUGAAAAUACAUGGUUCAAGGCAUGGAGGUUAGUUCUGUCCCAUUUGUUGCUGGGCACCGACUGUUGCUCCUGGGUGUUUGGGGUUGGAUGUAAGAGUACUUUCACCUCCCUCUCUCCCUCAUGGAGGCAUUGUGUGAAGUGACUCCUCUCUCUAUAUAUGAGGUGCUUCAUACUUCCUGUGGUUUCAGCUCUUCUUUAGCUCUUAUAAUUGUGCCAGCAUUUUCUACCCACUGCAAUGUUAGCCCCAAGUUUUAGUGUCCUGUAGCAGAAACAGGUGUUCUGAAAAAGCACUGCCAGCAACCCCAUCCCAUAGUCUGUCUAUCACCACCUGGUUUUACAUGGCUUAUAAAAGGCUUAAGAAGAGGGAGAGGAUUCACUUGAGAGCCCCCGUUUUUUUAAUGUUUCAGCCUCUGGUCCUGUGCCAUCCCUCCAGCUCUCAGAUAGAUCUUGCCAGAGUAAGAGAGACAGACGAUUGACCCUUGGACUUUGUCUUCUACCUUGCUCCACCUGGAUGGGCCAGGGUGAGGUGGAAUAUGGAUGCUCAGGCCCUGUCGAUGACUCAGACAGGCUACAAGCUGAACUCCUGGGAAAGUUACCAUAUUUCCCUGCCCAGGGGGACCUACCCAUUGCUUCAAAUUUUUUCUAAAAUGUAGGGCUCAGCCCAGCAUCUCUCCUUAGAUCCCAGAGCCUUACAUCACCUGUGCUGAAUCCUGACCUCUUGUAAGAGUCCAUGACUAUCACUCCUGGCUUUGGAGGUGAGGAGGGACAAUAAGGGUAUGUGGGGUCACUUACCUAUCAUAAAGGUAAGGGAGACCUUACACAUGAAUCCCUUGUGAGAUAGAAAAGAGAAACUAGGAGACAGAGCCAGAGGGUAAACCUUGAGAUAAUAUUAGUGCAGGCUGCCUCUCUGGGCUGUCAGGGAUAGGGCAGGGAUAAUUCUGAGUGGUUGGACCAGAUCUAGGGUCUUGUCAGAGCCCAAGAUUCUGAAAUGUUGAGGGCUAUAGUUCUGCAUGGAAUAGAAUUCAGUCAAGGUAGGGAUUCAAAGUUCAAGUUUAAGGCCAGUGUUAAUAUGGCUUGGUCUUACAAUUAAAGCCCAGUCAGAGUCUUACUCUAAUGAGACAGAUCAUAGCUGUUGACUUCUCCAUUUUCAGCUGACAGGUAGCUAUCAACUGCUUACUCCUGGAAAUUAUCCUUCUAUUCCACAGAACAUCAGUGUCCUGAAGAAAAAGUGUGGGAAAGUGAUGUAAAGGAGCCCCGAGUCUUCAGUCUGCUGAGCACUCCUCAUUCAGUUUACUCCUGUGUCCCUUUCACAAGUACCUACAGAGCACACACACCCAAAUCCCAUCUCCCUGAAGCCUUCCCUGAUCAUAUUAUCUUAAAAUCUCUUAUUUGGACAGCUGUAGCCCUUAGAAUCAGAAAAUGUUAUAACUCCACAUCAUACUAUUUGUAAUCUGUCUUUCACAUCAGGAAUGGACUGAGGGCUGUUGCCAGAAGGCAGGUUAGUGAUUUGGCGCUUUUUCUUCAAGCCAGGAGUUCAAACUGCUUCUCAGGCCAACCAGGGAGGAGUAGGGUGACUGCAUUAAACAUUGAUUGAGAAAGACCGCAUUUUGAAGGUUGGGGAAGGAGGACUGCUUAUGGCAGCCUGCAGUGAGCCACUGCACCUGGUUUGUGGCCCCAAACCUAAUGCCUCAGCCUGCCCUUACACCUUUUCCUUGGCAGUUUAGCAUGCCUUCCCGGGAUCUUGGUCUCCGUCCCAAGGACCUAAUCAUAGUAUUUUUUUUCUAACCACACAUCUUUCUAGUCUUCUCCAUCUUUUUUAUUUCCAGUGUUGUUGUACAUCCCUUGUAGAUUGAGACUGUGAGUCCCUUUCUGCCUUGUGCUUUAAAUGGGACCACUUUAUGUGCUGCCUGUGUCUUGUUUAUUAGCCAGAGCUAAGUUCCUGGAGGUCAUUUGCCUCCUCAGAUACUCUGGGGAACGAACCCUUUACAAUGGGUGUCUAAUAAGCAUGUGUUUAAGCCCUGGAUUUGAGGGCCCUGGAGGGUAGAGUGAAAAGAUGGUUUGACCAAGGAAAUAAAAGUCACUUGUCCUCAAGGACCUUAGAGUCUAACUAAUUUGGAGGUGAUGCAGACACCAAGCAACGGACCUUAUCCAGAAGGCCAACUCCUAGGCACCUGGUCCAGUCGGAAGCUGGAUGUGGAUGAUGGAGGGACAGAGGUGGAGCUAAGUCAGGGAUGAUACUGCAUUUAUCCACCUGUGCGUGACUCUCCCUAAUUCUUAAAAGUUGAUUUAUUUAAAAUAAAUUCUGUGGAUUUUGCUUUUUUGCGCUGACUGGAAACUCCCUGGUAAAAAGGGACCUGGUGGUGUUUGUCUCUCUAAGACUGUCUCUCUGUCUCUUUGACUGUUUAUUCUGUCUCUGUGUCUGUGUCUCCUGAUCCAAAUGGGACCAGUGAUUGGAUCCUCAGUGUGGUCUGGAUUCCUGAGUCCACCCCUUAACCAAGAGUCUGAAUACUGUUCAUUCAUUCAUUUCAUUCCACAUACCUGGAAUUGAAGCCUGGAACGCAAAUAACAUGCAAAUCCAUGGCUCCCUGGCACUUUUUAAAACCAGGCCUGUCUGUGGAGCUGGCCAGAGGGCCCUCCUGAGCCAAACACACAAGUCAGGACUUCCAACCCACUCUGCUAACAACAUCCCUUGUCUCCUUGCCCCUCUCCUGCACCCCUUCCUCCUCACAAUCUAACCUCUCUACCUGUAAAGCUCCUACUCCAGAGAAUAAAACAUAAGAAAGCACCAGCUUCUGGAAAAUC